UUCUUUGCUGUAGAGAAUAUGUCAUCUACAAAGGCCUUAAGUCCUCGAGAAUCGGCUGAACUGAUUUCGUCCAAGAGCGAGGAUGUUUCUAUAUGCGAGGAAGGUAUUGAAGAAGCAUCCAAGAUCAUCUUUGACUGUCUGAAGUCCAAGAAAUAUAGCAGCAAGACAUGGAAGCAACACGAACUACAUCCGAACGAAAUGACGAAUGAAACUGUGGAUUGGAUCGUUGUCUUGGACACCUUAAACUUCUGUUUUUGGAGCGAUGAUGGCGUCGAACCAUGGACAGUACGAUUCGAGGGAAAAAACUACACGGGGUAUUGGGCUCUAUGUGCAUCCAUUCACAGAGCCCUUAAGGAGGGAAUCCCCUUUACAACACCAUCAUAUUAUGCCAACAUCACCAGAGAGAAGUUGCAACAUAUCUUCAGAUCUGAAACUCCAACUGAAAUACCAUUGCUGGAAGAGAGAGUAAAUAACCUACAGGAAGUUGGCAGAGUCUUGGUAAAAGACUACAAGAACUCAUUUGUCAACAUGUUGUCCCAAUGUGAUAACAGUGCAGGGAAGCUGCUUGGCAUGAUCACAAGCACCUUUAAAUGCUUUCAAGAUGAGUCUGAGUUUGAUGGAAAGAAAGUCUCUAUUUACAAGCGUGCACAGAUUCUGAUUUCUGACAUCUGGGCCUGUUUUGAGGGUGAAUCAUUUGGGCACUUCAAGGACAUAGCAGUCUUGACCAUGUUUGCUGAUUACAGAGUGCCACAGUCACUGCUGCACAUGAAUAUCCUGAAAUACACAGAUAAAUUGAUGGAAAUGUUAAAUAGAGGUAACCAUGUUCCUGCAGGGGAUCGGAUUGAGCUAGAAAUAAGAGGAAAUUCCAUCUGGGCUGUGGAGAGAAUUUACCAGAAAGUAAAAGCAAUGUCAAAGAUGGAUUCAGAAUUUAGUUCUUUGGCACCAGGGGAAAUUGAUUCGAUUCUAAAUUCUGUUAUUAUAGAUUACUACUUGUGGGACUUUGCAAAAGAAGAGUUGGGUGGAUUAACUGAGCUUCCAUUCCAUAAAACAAGGACAAUAUUCUACUGAUGUUUUCUGCCUGACUGAUACUUACUUGUAUAAGCAGUUUCCUUUUUUAGCAAAAAAUUUCCAAGAACAUUAAAACAAUAAGGGAAAGAGAUGUUUUCAAAACAGGUUUUUAACCCUCUUCUGCUGGUGAUUCAUGUGCAACUUCUCCUUACAAUAUCUGUUCAUCAUCCAGCAAACUGGUAACGAGAAUACUCAAAUUUAUUAGGUUUUUUUUCUUGAUUUAUCACCAACUUCUCAUAACUAAUUCACACAGAAAUGUCAAGUAACUAGAGAGGAGAAUUAACAAUCAGAUCUUGGGAGUUAAAGGGUUAACAUAUACUGUAACAGCUGAAGUAACGCAUAGAGUUAAAAUCUUGCAGAACAGUUUGAACAAUGGUAUAAACCCUGUAACUCCCAAAAUCUGAUUGUCAAUUCUCCCCUCUAGCUGCUACACAUUUCCUUGUAAAGAAGUUACGAGAAUCUGGUGUCAGAAUGAGAUAACAACUAUGACCUGAUAAGUUUGAAUAUUCUCCUGACCUGUUUACUGGAUAAUGUUAAGUUACUAUAGGGAGAAGUUACUUGUUAGUCACUUCUUUGAGUUCAGGGUAUGGAAUAAUUCCACUGUGAUAUUUAAAUCAUUAAGUCGGACUUUUAGUGUUAGUAUUAAUUUACAUGACAGCACUCAAGUCUUUUCUUUUAAUAUUUACAUUUUAUUAAGUUUCCAUUACUCUAUACAAUACCAGAUAAAGAUGCUUUUACUUAAAACUUAUAUAUCUGUUAUUUAAAAAUCUGUUCCUGUUUACAAAUAUAUCUUGUGUAACAAACAAAAUGUGGGGAGAUUGAAAAAGGUUGAGUGGUGUUAAGAGCUCCAACCUUUAAUGAAAUUGUAA